AUGUCUAAUAUCAUGGACGCCUCAUAUACGAUAAAUAUAUAAAACGCCAUUGUAAAACUGUUAUGUUGGCAACGGAAAUUUCGUUAGUAAUAAAUUAUCAAUGUUAAUCUGUAACGUUUCUUGAAAAUACGUUAGACAACGAGUUGUUUCGGACGUUUCGAACACCUUUCUGUGGACGAUGAACAAUUUGCAAAGUUUGAUCGCCGAGCCUUGCUCGGACGGAAUUAUCAAGGACGAGAUAAUUGAUAACGAUAUCCUGCUAUUUUCGCAAUACGAGAGCUUGUCGGAUCCGAAUGAGGAACUGCAGAUUCUUCAGCAGUUUGAAGACAAUCCCAGUACCAUCGUAUAUCACGACAACCCGCUGGAACUACCAUCAGAUCAUGGUUCGUUUCCGACAACGCCGACCCCAGCCAACUUGUUGGUCCGAUCCGAUCCGACGGGAUCGAAAUCAAACAAAAGCAGUGGCGGCUCGCAUUUGGCGAACGGCAAACCUUCUAAAGUCUUCGAAUGCGGAAUUUGUGGCAAACAAUUCGGGCAUCAAUACACCCUGAUGAGGCACUUGCCUACCCACACGGAUGAGCGCAAAUUCCAUUGUCUCACCUGCGGAAAAUCCUUCCGACAGAUGUGCACCUUAUCCCAGCACCGGGCCAUUCACUCAUCCGCCCGCCCUUAUGUCUGCGAAAUAUGCCACAAAAACUUCAACAGGGUGUCAACCCUGAUUUCGCAUCGCAAAACUCACACCGGCCAGAAACCUCACCGAUGCCAUCUGUGCAACAAGUCGUUCCACCAAAAGGGUAAAAAAGGGCUUCGACACCUUUUCCGUGCACAUAUAAACCAUAUCCUGCGUAACUCAGGUAACCUCCGCAAUCACAUCUUCACUCAUACCAACGAGCGACCUUACAAGUGCGACGUAUGUUCGAAGGGGUUCAACCAAAUGUCGAAUUUGAUGUGUCACAAGUUCAAGGUCCACCACCAGGAUAACGUCAUACCCAAAUACGAGUGCAAGGUCUGCGGCGAGGAGUUCUCCAAACGUAUCAACCUGAGACACCACGAACAACGUCAGCACGGGCUGACUCCACUGCCUUCCAGUGGAAGUUCUGCCUUCAAUCAAUCCCAUACUAUUUUCGUGGAUCCGAUCCAAACGGAAGCCAUGCGUCGCGCGCUGGAAUCUAAUCGGACACCAUUCGCGUUGUUGCGACCGUUAUCGGGUAUUCCGGUACUGGUCCGGGUCCUUCCGGCUGGCGACAAGCAAAUGCUGGUGCCGGCGACCGAAGAGGACCUCGAAGAGUACGGUCAGAUAUCGGUAACGCCCAAAGUCGAGGCCGACCAAGAGGACCAAGGUACCGGUACAGUGGUUCAAAUUAAGUUGCCGGUCGUGGCCACGGUUAUACAAAAGGGUGAGACUGAUUUUCUUACUGGGGUGCCGGGCUCGAUGCCACACGACUCCCUUAAUUCAGUUAAGAUUUUGAACGAGGACGCUGGCAGUAGCGAGUUACCUGGUAAGAGUUACCAGGUAAUGACACUGCCAAUAGUGUACGUUCUUUAUUUUAGUGUGCGAACCGGUCAAUCCUUGCGGGAACGUCAACAUUGAAAACGCCGAUUUUAUAUUUCUAGAUUCUGUUACUUGUUAACUUAGUUAUAUUUUGUCCAUUGUUCAUCCCAGUUUGCUUA